GUCCUUCGCUUGACCAAACAAACCCGGUUGCAUUUGCAUUUUUAAUUGUUUGAUCAAUCAGUGCAAACAUGGAAUAAGAACACACGGAAUCAGUCAUUCACCGCCAAGAAAAAUUAUCCCAGAUGGACGAUUUCCGGGGAAAAGAAAAACGCGGCGCAGGAUACCGUGUUCGCUGUAGCGCGGCUGCCUCGCAUUGAUUAGCCGCACAGCCCUGCUAUCCAAAGGGAGUAUGCUCCACAUCCAGACGCAUCAUGCUCAAAUCCCUCUUCUGCUGCAUUUUUAACCUCCGUAGUCCUGUCCACACCGUCAACGUGCUCAAUUCCAGCUGUUUGGAAUCACAGCAUGCAACGCGUUUAACACAGCCGUGAUACAGUGCAUUCCUCCCGAUCUUCCCGUUGAUUCUUGCCAUAUUCCCUCAGCAGCACAUGGCCGAUCUCGAUCCCGACCUCGUGGACGCCCCCUUAGCCGACGCGGAAAACGAGUCAGAACUGGACGACACCGACGGCGACGAUCACCCCAUUGAGCAUCAACAUCGCCCGCUAAACACCGCGGAUCCCCUCACGUUCCCGGUACAGACCCCGCUGACGCCCGUACAGUCGUACAUGGAGGCGGGGGCUGCGCCGCAUUCCGACACGGAGGACGAGGAAUGGCAGGAUUUUCACGGGGCCGGGGGCGCCCCCCUGGCCUCCCCCUCUGUCGUGGUGGUCGGGCAGAAUGCGGAAUCGCUGUUCGGCAGUGCCAGCAGCGGCUACUCUUCCCUGGCCGGGACAUGCGAUAAUCUCAGCGUGUAUGUGCGCAGCACCCACACUUCCGCUUAUGCAGGCAAAGCACGGGAAGACAUUGACGAGGAAGGCCCCUCGGCGGCCGCCUCCACCUCCGGCUUCACAGAGUCCGGCAGCCGCUGCGGCUCCCUGGAAGACCUCGUCGGCAGCUUGGACGAGAAGAUCUCCGCCUGUUUCGGCAACGGGAAUCUGACCAGCGACGUGUCGGAGCUGGCGCCGGUGCAGAUCUGCACGCAUGAGGAACUGUUGGGGCAGUCGCAGUUCUGGAACGAUCUGUGCUCCUCCUUCGGGACGGUGAUGCCGGUGGACUGGUCCAAGACGGUCAUCCGCAAUAAGCUCUUCUUGCCGGUGCUGGGAUUGAAGGAGAAGCAGCCGCGCGGCGGUGGCGGUGGCGCUGGGGCGGAGGAGUCGGAUGAUGAGUUGAUGCAGCAGUUGGACAUGCAUUCGAUUGUGGCCGCGGAUCAUGAUGAUCUGCCGCGGGGGAAGAAUCCCAACGUUAACGCCCUGGCUACCGCUGAUGAAGUCAUUAAGGAGAUUGAUGCCAUGAUGAUGCAGGGCGAUGGCGCGGAGAACGGCAGUGUGGGGAGUGAGGACAGUCGGCGCGGAGAUGAGCAGCUGGAGGGCCUGGAGGUGGUGCAUCCCACCCCGUUGCCGGUGCUGCCCUCGCCGUUGUACGAGGAUCGUCUGGUGGAGUUGAGUAUGGUGGAGCUGUUGGAGCUGCAGACGGAGCUGGAACGGCUGACGCAGCAGUACUCGGAGAUUCUUGUGCAGGAGCUGGCGCAGCGCGAUGAACAACAGUUUGAGAAAGAAGUGAAGAACAGUUUCAUCUCGGAGCUGAUCAAAGUGCAGAACAAACGCCGCCAACUGGCGUUGGAACGCAAGAAAAAAGGCUCUAUCGGCAGCGCAUCCGAUAAAGGCACGUACAAUCAAGGAAAAUACUUGACCACCAUCAUCCCGUACGACUCCACGCCGGGCGGCAUCUCCACCCGCCACAUGCAGGUGCUGAGUAAGAUCCUGGCGGCCAUCAACGAGGACAGCCCCACCACGCCGACCCUACUCACCGACUACAUCCUCAAGGUGCUGUGCCCCAAGGAAUGAACUUUUUUGGGCGGUGCAUCUUCCUCGGCUUCCGUGUUUUGACUUUGUAUUUGGAUCUCUCUCUCACUCACUCUCAGUCACGAUUAUUUAUUGUUUUUGUGUGGUGGUGUGUUCUCGUGUUGAGCCGGUUUGUGUGCUGGUGCUUCCCCGAAAUUUUACACGUUUUUACUAUGGAGGAUUUGGAAUUUUAACUGCGUGUUAAGUAUAUUUUUUGGUCAAUUUUUGUGAUGGUGGUUUGAAGCGGCACGGUUACUUGUACCUCUGUACUUACUAUUUUUCAGUCUAGUCACGGGUGUUUUUUUCGUUUUUUUUGCUGCAUCAGCUGGGAAUACUCACGGCGGUUUCGAGAAUUUUAGCAAAUUACGAUUUUAUUCCGGUGGACAUUUUUUUGAGUUUUUUUCUGCUUCGUUUUAUGUUUUUUUGAUGGGUCGUUUAAAUAGAGAUCGGCAUUUUUUAAAGACGCGAAUGAAUCAUUUUA